AUGUGCACACACGGUCCCUCAUCUUCUCCCCCCAACCCAGUGAACAGCUCCAGGCUGUCCAGCGACGGCAGCCCGAGCGAGGGAGGCGCGCUCAGCGACGGCGCGCAUACCGCCAUGACGAGCGUCGUCGACACAGAUGAGGAGUGGCCCGCCAACGGCGCCCACGACGACGACCUUAUGCAACACGACCAAUUUCACGACGACGACGCCGGCUUUGAGACGAUGUCUACGUAUCCCGUAUCCCAUUACCCCCGGCCUUCGAGUCCUCACGGAACGGCCAUGGCUGCGUCUACUCGGUCAUUAUGGGCGCCAGACCUGGACUACCGCGAGAUCCAUGGCCGCCGCUACGCCCGGGACUAUUAUAUGCCCAAUGAUGAGAUCGAGCAGUUGCGCCUGUCAAUACAACAUCAAGUCUUUCUCCAUCUGCUGGACGGCGAGCUCUCCUGUGUGCCCCUAGAUGACCCGGCAAAUAUCCUCGACGUCGGCACCGGCCCGGGCGAGUGGGCCAUACGCAUGGCGGAGCUGUAUCCGGACUGCGAGGUCGUGGGCACCGACAUCUCCGCCGUCGCCGAAACAAAGAGCGUCCCUCUCAACGUCUUCUUCGAGAUCGAGGACGCCGAGGAGUGGGACCGCCCCGCCGAUCACUACGAUCUGAUUCACUUCCGGUGUCUAGAGGGCGCCUUCCGCGACUGGCGCUCUAUAUACGAUAAUGCCUACGACUCACUAAAGCCGGGAGGCUGGAUCGAGCUUAUUGAUUUCGACAGCAUCGAGUCGGUCAAUCUUUGGUUCAGAGUGUUCUCCGAGGGGUCACCAAUCUUCGAUAUGGCGAGGGACCUGGAGAUUGCCGCCGUGAAGGUUGGCAAGAAACGGGGCAUCACUCAUAUGGACCCCCAGCUGUUGAUGGAGGCUGGCUUUGUGGAUGUCCGUGUCACAGAACACUCAAUCCCCAUGAAAAUCAGCGAAAAGUCCGCCGGCAAGCUCUGGCUGAUAUCUUGUCUCGACGGCCUCGAGGCCAACUGCCUGCGGCUCCUGACCCAGGUGAUGGGGUGGGACCCGGACAAGUGCAAGGCGGCAUGCGAGUCGGCUGCUCGCGAGCUUGCUCAGCUCGCCAAGGAUCCGGAGAAGGCUGCGGGACUGCGCGUCAAGGCACUCACGAUCUCGGCGAGGAAACCACUGGAAGCCCAGUCCUCGGCGAGGAGCCCUCCCUGGUAUGGGAACCGCUCACCAAGCGCCUCACCACCGGUCGUUGAACGAGACCAAGAGAGCACGGGAGCGACCGCGACGACGGAGCCCAGAACGUCGGAGUAUGUGUUGGAUCCCCCGGCGGGACAAUAA